GUACCCCAAACACAAAUUCUUAAGUUAGUUUUCUCAUGGCUUUGAGAAGGUAUUGCUUUCGAUACUGAAAAACUCUUACAAGAUAGGUUUUCGCACUCUAAAGAUAUGCUUAUCAAAGUUUAAAGGGUUUAAAACUUGCCCCAUGUCACUUAGUAAGUGACAAGGCUGACAUUGAAAGUCCUACUUGGCUACUUCCAAAGCUUGUGUUUUUCCAGAUGUCUUCCAAGAGAGCAUCCUGUUUAUUGUCUCAUGGAUGCCGCUAAUGGUAAGUGAUGGUGUUCAGAAGUGACUGAAUAACUAGCAAUAAUCAUAAAGGCACAUUAUCAAAACUUCACAGUGUAAACUAUGUGCUUUGCAAAUAUUGUUAAAACGAGAUUCUGACCAAUAAAAUGUCAGGAAAGCUAGUAUAAAUUGGACAAGUGUGAAGGUGAGUUCAAAACUUGAUUUGGCAAUAUUCACCACGUCAGAUUCUUAUUCAGCAAGACGAAGGGCUCCAUUUUGACUUUUGUUUCUAUUUUCUGUCCUUCUUGCCAUCUCAGAAGUGACGCUUGAGGAGUCUAUAGAAGCUCUGUGGACUAGAGUACAUAAAAGCAGUCAUCUAUACCUGUGCUGGCCCUAGGUAGAGAAGGCACCCGGAAGGAAUCCCUCAAAGUCAAGCAUGUAACGAAUACCUUGGAGGCUGCUGGUCAUGGAGCAGUGGUAGCCAGUACAACAGAAGGUGAACUUGGACUUGGCUCCUCAUUGGCUGCAGGACACAGGUUGUUGUCACUCCUUCUCUCCGCUCUGAUGUUUCCUCUCCUGCAGAUCCAGGAAGGUGGAGAUGACUAAGUUCUCCCCAGAAUGUCUAAUCUUUCUGAAGCCAGACCAACAUUUAAAGAAAAUGAUGUGCAGGACUCAAUUUCCUUUAAAAACACCCAAUGCACAUCCCCAAGUGCAGAAUUUGGCUACAACCUUCCUUCUUUGUUGAGACUCUCUUCCGUACAGCUGAGAGAAGAAACUACUUCUAACUUCCAGAUGAGCACGAAUGAAGUUUUGGAGGAAAGCCUGGUGCAACACUUUCCGCAGGUGGAUUCCUCAGGAGAGAAGAGACUUCAGGAUGAACAGUUGCCAAGGGCUUUGGGGCUCAAAGAAGCUUUGGGGCUCUUGUCAGGACAAGACUUACAGACAUUGUGCUGCACUGAUGGCUGUUCCGUGACUGAUUUGCGUGCUCUUUGUUAAGACAAGAGCAGAUGCCCGAUGAAGGUAGAGCUUUGAGCAUGCGCUUAAUCACGGUGUUUUACUGCUCAGUACAACACUUGCAUUGUGUUAUGAAAAUAAUAGCUUUGGGCUAGGCAAUCUUUCUUUCCUAAAAGUUGUGGAUCAAUAGUUAAAACCACAAUGAAGUGUAUUUUCUCUCUUUGCCAAAGUGAAUGCACUGUUCUUUUCAAAUUUUAACUAAUGUUUUGAAAUUUUAAAUGCCGUGCAAAAUUGCAGUUAAAAUGCCAUAAACCAAGCUCACUGUGAUUUUCUUCUUGUAAAAAAUUUUAAAAUAACUUUAAAACAGUAAGCAGAUUAUGCUGAUGGUAGGAAAAUGUUAAAAAAAUAAGCAUAAAAAGAAAAUAAAAAUCAACUCUUACCUCAUCAUCCAGAAAUAACUAUCCACUCUUAACUUUUGGGUUGCUGUAUAUUAUUAACUGAGAAUUUAAACAUUGUUUCGUGGUCAAGUAUAAGAAUCUAAACAAAGUACUUUUUCUCAAAACAUCUUUAAGUGCUCAAUAAAUGUUUCCUAAUAUGCAGCCCUUCUACGUGAGGAUAGCUGGAGACAUAUGUGUAUCAGUUAGAUCUCCCUAAAACCCAGAGAAUAUUUGAGUAAUGAGCUCCUUCCUAUAGUCUGGGCUGCUUUGGUUUUGCCUUCCUACUGCUGAGAUAAAAGGACAUUGUGUUGGGGCACCUGGGUGGCCCAGUCGGUUGAACCUGCGACUUCCGCUCAGGUCAUCAGGUCAUGAUCUGACAGUCGGUGAGUUGGAGC